AUGCCUAUACCAGGCGGUCCAUCCCCAGACCGCUCUGCACCCUCCACAUCCACGUCCAUUCCAGUUGAGACUGCGUCUCCCCCUUCCCCCCUCACUGCCACUGCUCUCGCCGACACUCACACACACGACGACGACCAGAAUGCCGUCAGCUCUACCGACCCACAACUUGACCUCAAGGACGCCCUCGCUGCAGAGGAUGGUACCUCGCGCGCGGUCAACGAUACGGAUAUUCACGACAGCCCUACCACCAUGACUGCUGACACAGAUGUCAACCGCCAACCCUCUGUCGCUGUCGGAACUAUUCCACCCAAGCAGAGCGUUGCUGCUGCAAUGGCGCCGACUAUUCCAGAGCACGAGACUUCUACUACCGAGAAGUCCGCCCCCGCCCCUACCGCUGUUGACUUCGAAGACUCGAAGCCCAUGGUUCAUCAUCCCGAUGACGAGCUGGCUGGUCCCGCCAACGGUAACGCUGCCCCUACACAAUCUCAGAACUACGCCUACGUACCCGCCGACGUCACUCGCCAUCAGCUCUCCGACCCUCCCGUCCAACAAGAUCCUAAAUCCAUCCUUCGCUCGUCUUCCCCCGCUCAAACCAACACCACCAACACCGUCUCCACUCCUUCACCCACCAAAGCAUCUCACUCGCGUGAAGCGUCCAUCGGCAGAUUUUCUACCACGAAGCGCAGCUCUCGCGCUGCCAGUCCGACACCUGGCUCUGUGACUUCUUCUGGUGGUGCAGCGGCUCGGAGAGCGAAGAGUGUGAGGAGUCUGAACACGAAUGGGGAGCCUAUCAAUGGGAGUACGUUCGUCGAUGGGGCUGCGACCGCGGCGCCGUUGGAGAUCGACACGUCUUUGCACGAGAGGCAAGCGACUGCAGAGGAUGAGCUUAGUUCGAAGGAGAAGGCAAAGCUUGAGAAGCAGGAGGCUAAGCAUGGAAGGCAGCUGUCUGUGAUUAUCAAACAGGAGGGCAAGGCGGAGAAGCAAGCGCUCGACGUCGCCACGAAGGAACUUGGAGAGGUGCAGAAGUUGCAGAAAGUCGCGAUCAAGGACGAAGGCAAAGCGCACACCGCACACGCUCGCGCUCUCGCCGAAGCCCAUAAAGCUGAGAUGGCCUUCCUUGCCGCACAAGCCACUCACGAGAAAUGGCAGUCAAGUCUUCGUUCCGCCGAGGAGGCACUCGAGGCCAGCCGGGAGCAUGCAAGGCAUACGACGGAGAUGUUGAGGGAGAAGAAUGAGGAGGUGGAGCACCUGAGGUUGACGAAGCAGGUCGAUGACAGGGAGAGGCUGGUGAAAAUGAAGCAGUUGAACGGCGGGGAGAAGGGCGGGAUUUCGAGGAUCUUUGGGAUGUGA